AUUUAUAACUUCUUUUGUGGGCUACUCUGAUUUAAAAGCAGACUACUGGUUUAUCAGAGCACAGACAGAAGUGACCUAACACUACAAACAAAAUGCAGCUUUUAGCUUCAGCUCUUUUUCUAACACUACUGCAGUGCUCUACUGCCCAAAAUGAAACAAGUAUUACCCCUGCAGACUGUGAUACUGUUGAAAUAGAGGCAGCAGUGGCCCUGGAUUUGGUCAACAGACAUCGCAGAGAUGGCUACGUUUUUGGUUUAUUGCGUGUUGUUGGCGCACAUGAGCAACAUAUAGGAUAUUCAUCAAUCCUUUACUUAACUUUGGAUGUGCUGGAAACCAAAUGCUCAGUAUUAUCUGGAAGACGUUGGGAGGCUUGUGAAUACAGCGAUACAUAUUCCCUGGUCUUUGGGCAAUGUAAGAUUAUCACAUAUACAAGCCAGCUGCUGAAAAAAAAACAUCAACUCUAUGGAUUUAAUUGUACAGUAAGUCCAGUUCCUCCAGAUUUACUAGAGUGCAACGACUGUCCUAUAAAAGUUGAAGUCUUAGAAGUCACUGUGCAACACAAAGAUAUUGCUGCAAAGGCCUUGGAAAAAUACAAUAGUGAAGGUAACCACACAAACUACUUCAACGUGGACAAAGUUGAAAAAAUUUUACAGAUGACUGGCUCCAGUGAAGGUCACAUUUUAGAAUUCUCCAUAAAAGAGACCAACUGUUCCAAAUCUGCACAACAUACAGAUAUGCAAUUGGAAUGUGAUUUUCUAGAUGACUGGCACGCUCAAGUGGGAUUCUGCCAUGCAACAAUUAGUGCUUCAGAAGAAUCUAAUGGAACUGAUAUAAACUGUGAACUCUACCAUCCCUGGCAGCGUCACUAUGGACAAAAAUGCAGAUAUCCACCUCUACAUCAGCCACACAGGCAUCCCCAUCCCCAUCAUCGUUUUGGUCACAGGUAUCAUCACAAGCAUAGCUCUCCACCUCCUCCUCGCUUCAUACCUGAAGACUCUGAGCAUCACCACGAUUUCAAUGAAGAACACCAAGGCAGCCACGAAGGACCUCCUCCUCCCCCCCAUCAAGGUGGGGAACAUCACCACCAUCAUCCGCCACACCAUCUCCAUCUUCCUCCUACCCAAGAGGAAGCACAUCACCUCCCUCCCCCUCGUCCCGAUGAUGAACCACACAUUCCUCCUCCUCCCCAAGAGGAACAACAUCACCCCCCUCUUCCUCCCCACCAUCGACCACAUUGUUCUCAUCCUGCUCUCCACCAUCAUGGACCACAUCCUCAUCCUCCUCCUCCCCACCAUGGACCACACUGCCCUCCUCCUCCCCACCAUCAUGGACCACAUCCUCAUCCUCCUCCUCCCCACCAUGGACCACACUGCCCUCCUCCUCCCCACCAUCAUGGACCACAUUACCCCCAUAGACCACACUGCCCUCCUCCACCCCACCAUGGACCACACUGCCCUCCUCCUCUUCCUCCCCACCAUCAUGGACCACAUCCUCAUCCUCCUCCUCCCCACCAUGGACCACACUGCCCUCCUCCUCCCCACCAUCAUGGACCACCUUACCCCCCUCCUCCUCCUCCAGGACACCCUCCUUAUCCUCAUCAUCACUAUUACAAACGUCACUGCAACAAGACAAGCCCACCAGGAAAGCACUUCCCAUCCCAAAUAAUAGGAGCUGUCUAUCGCAUUCCAGUUCUAAAUCGGCAGGACUCUCUCACACUUCCCACUGCGAACUUUCUUGAGUUCCUAUCCCAAAGUGGCCAUCACUUCUCCAGCACUGGUGAGGGUACUCCCUUUACUAGUUCAAAUCUAGAGAAGACAUCAGGAAAUCAUCAUUUUCCCUAUCAUCCUUCUCAAUCAAAAUCAUGCCCAGGAAAACCCAGACUUCAUCUGCCCCAAAUUUUGCCUUUAUUUCCACAUAGAUCCAUGGCAGAAACUUCUCCUAAAUGACCUUGAAGGAAGGUGUUUUUGGCUUGAGAGUUGGAGGACAGAUGACAGUUGUACAAUGAACAAAAACAGCAUGCAGUGGAGGGGGAAAAGUGUGCAAUUUCUAGGGAGUGAGAAGCACUGAAUAUAAUCACAAUUAAGACAAGUAUUCGAACCUGCCUCCUGAUUCCAGCUAUCUCAGUCUCCACUGUAACUGAAAGGAUCAAAAUUCUGACACCCUUAACUCAUGUGAACGGGUGCAAAUCUCCCUUGUAAACAAUGCACCUCUAGUUCUAACAAAAAGGAAAAUUCUCCAAUAAU